AUGAAAACUAAUCUCAUUACUGCUGCUCUUAUUUUGGUUGCUUCCUUCGUUACUGCUUCCGAGGCAAAAGGCUGUAAUGAAUACCAAACUAAUUUUGGUAGAUGUGUUAGUGGCCUUGCUAAAAACAAACUACUCACAAUAGACGCAAAACUAUGUUUAUGCAAACCUGAAAUCUAUAAGAGCUACUGUGACUGUAAUGGGCCAGUCAUCUCACCCGAGGACUACUUUAACUCCGAACUUUGCUCAAUUUUACCUGCUAAAACUAAGCAAAAAUCUCCUGGUGGUUUCUUCUGUGAGCCUUGUGCACAACCUCCUGCUUCUUCAACCGUCGCUCCUUUAGCAACCACCGCUUGUUCUACAACCAUCGUUCCAGCCUCCUCAAAACCUUGUGGAAAACGUGAUAAAAAUGGGAAAUGUUUAACCAUUUCUAUCCCAUCAUCUCCCACUAGUUCACCUCACUCACCUCACUCACCUCACUCCCCUAACUCUCCUAACUCCCCUGGUUCCCCUAGCUCACCUAAUUGUAAAGUACGUGGUAAAGAUGGGAAAUGUUUAAGCAUUGUUAUCCCCUCUUCUACUAGUUGCACUUCCGCUACAGUGCAUCCAACUAAAAUAAUUACCUCACCAAAAUCACCUACCUCACCAAAAUCACCAAAAAUCUCGUCAACUUCCGUUUGUACAAAAUGUCAACAAAAUCCGCCACCCCCAACUACAACUUCUUGUUUCAGCACCGUAAAACCAACUACAACUGCUUGUUCCAGCACCUUAAAAGUGAUUGCUAAACCUUGUAAAAAUUGUAAACAUGCUUAA